AAAAGCGUGUGAAAGAAAAUUAACGAGCAGUGUAGUGGAACUUUUGAGUCCGUCGUCUUGCUUUGACUUUGUUUCUUAUAGUGGGAGGAGCACAAAUCCAGCGACAUUUCCAAAAAAGUUUAAUUCGAAAAUAACAUACGCCGCCCCUCCACCAUAUCAACAAAUAAACGUCACCGUGGCUAAGGGAAAUCGAAAAUCGUACACCUCCACAACCGCUGCCAUCACAAGCAAAGCCCGUAAAAUGGCAUCUACCGGCGAUAUUUGGCUGCAAUGGUUCUCCUGCUGUUUUCAUCAACCGCAAUCACCGUCACGACGACGCCAUCAACGCCUGCGUAUCGAUCGUUCAAUGAUCGGUAAUCCAACGAAUUUCGUACACACCGCACAUAUCGGCUCGGCCGAUGUAGAACUCUCCACGAAUCAUCUGAAUGCGUUGCAAACACAGAUGCAGAGUAAAGGUGGCUACGAAAUGAAUUCGAUACGGUUACAGGCCUGCUGAUGCUAAUGAACGCUGCCGAAGCUCAUCAUAUCACUUGCGGCACAGUACCCUUAGCUGGAUUUUCAUCACCUAAUCCGGGCGCUUUAUAUACACAAUACGAUAUUACCCCGAUCAGCGUAGUGCAAUCAAUUGAAUCUCAUGUAUACAUACAUACAUACAUACUUAUAAAUUUUUUACAACACUCACGCAAUGAUUUAUUGUAUUCGUUUAUAAAAUAUACAUAUGUAUGUUUUUUUGUUUUGUAUGUAUUGUAAGACUUUGGAAGCUGAAACACAAUUUUAAAGAGUAUCAAAUCUUUUAACAUUUUUGAAUUUGCUUUAAUUUUUAAUUUAUCAUUGGGUCUUAGCACAAAAAGGGCUGAAAAUCGAUAUCUUAGUAGUGGUGAUAAAAAAGAGUAUCGAAAAAAAGUAAAAUAUUUGAACAUUUUUUUAUGAAAUCUUCAACUGAUAUUUUUCUUUUCGAUCUUUUGCAACUACUGCAGUCGAUUUUAAAUAAUUUGACUAUAUACGAAUACUUUUGUAGGAAAAAGAAACAAACAGAAACACAAGAAUAAAGUAUGCAGCGCGUGUGUAAAAAAAAUAAAUUGAAAAAUGCUUUUUAAAAGUAUGUAGAUGGAGUAUGUAAGAGAUUAUGUACAUAUGUGCCUUUAAUUUUUAAUGAACUUUAAAUUGUUUUGUAUUUUUUUGUUUUUUCUUUUUUGAGCAUAAAAACAUAUGCAAUUUUCGCUAACAUCUAUUUACAAUUUAUGGAUUCUUUUGUGUUUUUACUAGCAAUACUUGAAGAAUUUUGAAUAACCAAAAUCAAAACGAAAUAUACAUAAUUUAAUUUUAGGUUAUGUUUAUUAAGCAUUUUAUUUUGCACUAAUUUGUGUACUUAAGAAAGCAUUUUAAGCUGCCUACAUAAUUUUUUGUUCGAACGAAUUUGGAGUAAAUGCGACCGCGAAUACGAGAGCACAGUUUCUUGGACGUACAUUUUACUUUAUUUAUAAUUAGAAUUUUGAAUUUUGACACAACCAAACAUUAGAUAAAUUGUACUGAAAGCAUAUUUUGUAGCAGUUUCACAUACAUAAUCGUACAUAGAAAAAAAAACCGGUUAACAAAAAAUAAAAAAUAAAAAAACAAUAUCGAAAUAAAAAUAAAUUUAAAAUAGUUGUUGAAUUUUUUGAAAUGCAUUUAAACGCACAAUCAAUUUUACAGAAAUCGUAAUGAAUACUGCUAAUGGUGAGUGCAUAUGUAUGUGUCUUCAUAUGUAUGUGCGUGAAUACCACAAAGAACUAUUUAUAUAUUUACAUAUAUUUAUUAUAAACUAAUUACAGUUUUAAUAAUAGAAAAUAAAUAAAAUACGUAUUUACUUAACUGUAAGUUCUUUUUCUCACAGAAAAUUGUGUAAACAUUCUUAUUUUAUAAAAAUCUGGAUUGUAAAAAAGGUAGUAAACGUUGUGACAAUUACAGCGUAAAAUAUUGUAAAAAAAUG